UUGAUUUGAAUUUAAAAGACAAUUCUCUUGUGCUCAAACUGUUGCUUUGCAAUAUUUUCCUCGUCUUUCUUUUGGUGAUCUAAAAGUACUGUCCGUUCACAUCCAGAGUUUCAGCUGUAAUCUGAUCCCACACACUCAGUAAUUAUAAAGCAGGGCUGGGAAGCAGUACUGGAGAUUUGUCAUUAAGGCACCCUAAAUAAAGACUCAGGCAAAAGGGUGAGGUUUGUGGAUUUCGGUCAUCAAGAUCCACCUAAAAACGGCUCAUGGACCCCCAAGGUGGUCAUUACCUAAACAAGGCAGCGGUGCUGUCCGGACUCGGCGCUGCCCGAAUGAUCCAGCUUCUCCUGGGCUGCACCACGAUGGCCCUGGUGGCCCACAGCGCGGGAUUCAGCGCCACCUACGGCACCUUCUGCAUGUUCGUCUGGUGCUUCUGCUUCGCCGUCACACUGUUGGUCUUCACCCUGGACGUGACGAGGCUUCAUGGGUGCAUGCUUAUCUCCUGGGACAACUUCACCGUGGCCUUCGCCAUGCUCGCCACUCUCAUGUACAUCACAGCGUCGAUAGUGUAUCCCGUGUACUUUCUACGAUCCGAGUGCCCAUCCGAGGGAUGCGAGGUGAGGAACUACCGAAUCGCGGUCACCGUUUGCUCAAGCGUCUGUUGCUUCGCCUACGGAGCCGAGGUGUUUAUCACACGGGCCAAACCGGGGCAUGUGGUCGGAUACAUGGCCACCGUAUCCGGCUUGCUUAAAGUGGUCCAAGCCUUCAUAGCCUGCAUUAUCUUCGGCGCCCUGGCCAACGACAGCGAGUACAACCGGCACAUCCCGACCCAAUAUUGCGUGGUCGUCUACAGCCUGUGCUUCGCCGUGACCGUAGUCGUCGUUGCGCUCACCGUUUCUGGGACGUCUUCGUUACGCUUCCCUUUCGACCGCUUCGUGGUCGUCUACACCUUCCUGGCGGUGCUUUUGUAUCUGAGCGCUGCCGUGAUCUGGCCGGUGUUCAGUUUCGAUAAGAAGUACGGAACCCCCGAGAGACCGGGAGACUGUCCGAGAGGGAAGUGCCCUUGGGACAGCAAGUUGGUGAUCGCCGUGUUCACCAGUGCCAAUCUGGUGCUGUACGUCACCGAUCUGGUGUACUCUCAAAGAAUACGGUUUGUCUCGCAUUCAUCAGCAUAAAGCCAUCCUUUCUCCAAUCCGGUGGAUUUAUGAAUACCGGCAAUUAGUUAAAUACAGACAUGCCAAUAAACAGCUGUGUGUACUAGUAUCAUUUUUUUUUGGUCAUUUUUGUUAUUUAGAAUUAAAAUGUUUGGACUUUC